GCUGUACUGGAGGCAAUGGUGGAGGAGAGUGUCGAGGGCAUUCUGGGGCCAGAAGAGGAGGCUGGAUACCUAGCUCUCCCUUCGAGCCAAAUGUCACAGACAGCAGAAAAUGCCAUGGCUGUGGCCAUGAUGGUAAACACCAUGGUGGGUGGCAUAUCUGUGCCGGCCCGGGACCCACAGACCAGUACUAGUGCAGCCAGCAGUGCCGGACCACCAAUAGACCAGCCUGUUCUAGUAGGGGAUAGCACGGCCAAAGACACCAAAAAGCCAAUCAGCUGUUAUGAGGAGAGACUUUUGGAGAUAGAGGAGGAAAAGUUAUUAGUCAUGAAGCGUGCGCUUCACGUUUUCGAAUUAUUUGUCUUUAAUCAAAAAGAGGUUUAAAAUUGUUACUUUGUUUGUUUUGCAAAUUCCAUGUUAAUUUUGUUCUUAUUCAUGAUAACUUUACCUUUC